CCACUAAAGGUUCAGGAUCAUCUUCGACUCAUCUAGUUUUCUGCUAAAUACAGUUUUACAUUCCGAUCGACGGUGGUCGAGUUUCUGAUGGAUCUAAUAUGCAAUUCGUACGCCAAUGACUCCGACGACGAACCUGAACCAGUGACCGAUGAGCGGUUUGCAUCUGGAAUCGCUCCACCGUCUAUUACUUUGAAGCGUUCAUAUCCGGGACCGGAGGAGCGACGGUACAAACCAGCACGUAGACCAAAUCCUCCGUAUGGCUCUUAUUCGGAUCCCCAAACGAGCUCUUCAGUUUCGGUUCCGAUAUCAGUUCCAGGUCGAUACGUUUCCAAGAGAGAGAGAUCGCUUCUAGCUUCUCUUUCAACUGUUUCUAAUCAAAAUCAGGAUUCUGAUUUGAUUCAGAAACCCUCCGUGAGCUCUCCUACUGUUAUUGGGAGCAUCUCUGAUUCAGAAGGGCCCCAACAUGUUCUAUCUUCGGUCACACAUCGAGCAAAAGGAUCCUCAUGGCGAACCGAAUCCCCAAGUAGGAUGUCGAUUUCGUUAACCGGCCAUACAAAGGCUGUUAUUGCUAUUGAUUGGUCGACAAGUCAUGUUCAUCUUCUUGCUUCAGCGGGACUUGAUGGUGCUGCUUACGUGUGGAACGUGUGGAGCAGCGGUACGAAGAAAGUACGAGCAUUUCUUCAUCACAACGCACCGGUGAAAGAUGUGAAGUGGUCAACGCAAGGAUUAUCUCUGCUUUCUUGUGGUUAUGACUGCACGUCGAGACUGUUUGAUGUUGAAAGAGGGGUAGAGACACAAGCUUUCAAGGAGGAUCAGGUUAUUGGAGUUGUUAACUUUCAUCCGGAUAAUUUCAACCUGUUUCUUUCGGGAGGAUCUAAGGGCAGUCUUAGAUUAUGGGACAUUAGGAACAACAAAGUGGUGCAUGAAUACAUUCGAGAUCUCGGUCCAGUUCUUGAUGUUGAGUUUAUCUCUGGUGGGAAGCGGUUCAUCUCUUCCAGUGAUGUGUCAGGCAGGAAUAAAAGUGAGAAUGCUGUUAUAGUUUGGGAUGUUUCAAGAGAGGUCCCUCUAUCUAAUCAGGUCUAUGCAGAGGCAUACACAUGCCCCUGCAUCAAACGUCACCCGCAAGACCCAGUCUUCAUCGCCCAAUCACACGGGAACUACACAGCAAUCUUCUCGACAAACCCGCCUUUUAAGCUCAACAAAUACAAGAGGUACGAAGGUCACUGGGUCGCAGGUUUCCCAAUAAAAUGCAGCUUCAGCCCGGACGGAGAAACCUUAGUCUCUGGCUCGUCCGAUGGUUCCAUAUACAUGUACGGCUACAAAUCCACUGAGCUCAUUAAGAAGCUCAAGGCUUAUGAACAUCCCUGCGUUGAUGUCGCAUACCACCCUGUUUUGCCUAACGUGGUCGCGUCUUGUAGCUGGAACGGACAAGUCUCUGUUUUUGAGUGAUCUCACAAGAACCACACAAUGGUUAGUACUUAGCACCCUUCAAAUCUCACUCUCACUAAAUGUUAUAAAAGCUAUAGGUGAUGCUAGAAAAUGAAUAGUAUGGUGGAUUUUGUCUAAGGUUACUGUUUGAUUCCAAGAUAUACUACAAAAGAAAGUGACAAUCUUGAUCAACCAUCAUCUUGUUGUGCUCUUUUUGGUUCUAUCUUAUUUUUGAGUUUACAUUCGCUAUUGAGUUAUCAGGAAAAUGUGUUUUGCUCUCUAGGAUGUGUAUGUAUUAUGUGUGUCGAGUAUUAUUAUUAUAUGUAUUGACGACAGCAGAAUUUGUUAGACUUGAAUGAGAUUUUGUUGUGUCAGUUUUUAUUUUAAUUAUUUCUCUUCUUA